GGGGAGAGAAGGGAAGGAGCGAUGGCUACAGGCAGUAACCAGAUCUGGCCUGCGAAUGGAGGGUUCACAUUGGCACAAUGGCAACAGCUUCAGCUACAACAGAAGGUAUUUAGGUAUAUCAGAGCGAGGCUUCGUGUGCCCGUGGACCUCAUUGCCCGUCUGGGGUGCCAACACGGUGAACAUAAUUGCUGCUUUCAGAGCCAUUGCUUUAGUGGUCAACGCUACCACCCUUGUGAGAUUCAAGGACAUGUUUCUCGGAUUACACCGAAUGGAAGGAGGGGAUCAAGGAGGUCAAAAAAAGUUGUGAGAGACCAGGCACACCGCCAUGAAGGACCAAACAAAAUGGCGGGCGAUGAGGUAGGAGAACCUUCACAACCCGUGGCACCAACCAAUCUUCAAUCGACGGAUGCACCACUGCAUGAUUUAUCCAUGGAGGGCUCAGUUGACAGGGCUACAUGUCGACCAUCUUCUCCUAAUACCCACUCUGAUGAAAAGACAGAGAGCAAUGACCUAUCCAUUUCCGAACCAGUAGAUGGCACCAACAAUAGAAGCACUCUACCUGCACCUUCUUCAUGUACAAGCCAAAGUCCAUCCUCCUUUCUUUUGGUCUUACCCUUACCAACAGAAACGCCAAAGGGCUUAGCACCAUUUGAAACAGAGAAUUCAGGCGUAUACUCAUCGGCUACUCAAAGUGAUCACCUGUCAAUUUUCCAAUCAGUAGAUAACAUCAACAACGAAAGCAACAUACCUGCGCUUUCUUUACCAACAAGCCAAGGCCCAACCUCCUCUCCUUUGGUCUUAUCGUUACCAAUAGAAAUCUCCAAGGGCUUAGCACCAUUUGAAACUAAAAAUGCAGACGUAGACUCGUCGGCCACCGAGAGUGAUGACCUAUCAAUUCCCCAACCAGUAGAUGACAUCAACAGCAGAAGCUUCAUACCCAUGUCUUCUACAAGCUCAGGUCCAUCCUCCCCUCCUUUGUUCUUAGCUUUAACAACAAAAACAAAAACCUCAGGGGUACCAUUUGAAACCGAGAAUGUAGGCACAGAAUCAUUGGCCACUGAGAGUUCUGACCUAUCAAUUCCCCAACCAGUAGAUAGCAUCAACAAAAGAAGCUCCACAUCCUCGCCGCCUUUGCCAACUAGCUUAGGCCCUUCCUCUCCUUUGCACUUCGCUUUACCAGCAAAAACGAAAAUCUCUAGAGGCUUAGCACCAUUUGAAAUUGACAAUGCAGGUGUGAACUCAUUAGCCACCGAGAAUGACAAUCUAUCAAUUAUUCAACCACCAGAAGGCAUCAACAACAGAAGCCUUAUACCCACGCGUUCCUUGCCAACAAGCUCAUGUCCAUCCUCCUCUCCUUUAGUCUUAGCUUUACCAGCAAACACAAAAACCUCGAGGGGCUUAGCACCAUUUGAAACUGAGAAUGCAGGUGUAGACUCACCGACCACGGAGAGUGACGUCCUAUCAAUUCACCAACCAGUAGACGGCAUGAACAACAGAAACUACUCCUUAAUCACACCUUCUUUGCCAACAAGCUUAGGACUAUCCCCCUCUCAUUUGGUCAUAGUUUUACCAACAAAAACAAAAAUACCCAGGGGCUCAGGAUUAUUGGAAACCAAGAAUGCAGGUGUGGUCUCAUCAAUGACGGACGCCCUUUGUCGAGUAAAGACAAUAGGUGCUACGCCAUAUGGCUACUCAGCUCCAUCAUCUCUAACAUUUUCCACUCCGCGAAGGAGUCAUGUUUUGAUUAGACCAACAGAUAUCAGAAACAUCAGAGUUUCAAACCCUUCUAAGCGAUUGAGAAUGUCUACUUGGUAUUCAUCAUUAGUAAGUGGUACACCACCCUCAUCUACAGCACCAACAUCUGGCCAUUCUUUACUUGCACAAGCUGAAGGAAUUCCUGCAAGUAUGUCUACGUGGGUCUCAAGGCCUAAUGCACAGGUCUUCCAAGAAGCCACACCUAGGGCACCAAGCACUGGUGUUCCUGCAAAUCGCGCCCCCAACUCAUCAUCAACAAAAACUGCAUCAUUGAGAGAACAUUGUGCUCCUUGGUUGGCAAAACAGAGAAAGGCUGCCAAACCUCCUUAUGUCCUAGCUUUAGCAGCCCAAAGGGUCGUCAACAACAAGAGGAAGAAAAGGAGAAACAUGGAAGCUACAACAACUAAUCAAGAAACUCAAGCUGCUGCUCCGACCCGGAAGAAAGAUCGAUUGACUGCCAACCAAAACGGCAGCAGUUCUUGUAGAGGAAAUGUCAACAGAGAAGAAGAAGGCACUAAAACCCAAGCAACCGCAGAUGCAGCUAUGUCCACACAUUCUACACCAGCUCUGACAGAUUCCAACAUUGGCGUGGCUACCAGCUCUGCUACAUCACUUAUUACUGAGCUUCUCAAUGCUUCAAUUACACGGAGCAAUCAAAUUCAAUGUGCCUCUCAGAAAGGGUACAUUGAAGAAGUUCCUCCUCAAAGAAGAUGUCUUCGUAAUAACAGUUCAAAGAAGGAGUACGUCUACCAUCCAUUCUAUCGUGACACUCCAGAUGAACUACAAGCAGUUUUUUGUGCUUCCAUGCCCACAUUGUCAAUUACAGCAAGUGCCACAUCCCCUUCAACAAAUUGUGUAUCCAUUGCAUUUCAUGCCGAUUUAUCUGACAAAAAAACAGGAUUGAGAUUCAUAGUUCCAUCUGAUCCUAACUCUGACGUUUCCUUCCAAGUCUCUGAACCGAAAGCCCAGCCAAAAGAAGAGACACAAACCCCUCUACAAGGACUGAAUCUUGAGAUGAUCCCAGUUGUCUCAGAAAAAGAAGUGCACGUCAUAGAACCCUGAUAUGACCAACAAUAGCGCCUGAUUUGCUUAGCAUGCUGUAUCGUCUUUCUGGUGUUUUCUUUUGUACAAGAUGGCAUCUAUCUUCGUUUAGGUUCCUCUUCAGUUUGUUGUGCGCACAAUAAGAAACCAACAUGCCACCAUCGUUUGUUGUUCUUCGCAUUCAUUUUGUAUUUGGUCACUUGUUUGACAAAAUUGUGGUUUGUGGUGCU